CACAGCACUCGCUUGCACUGCCUGCGAUUUGUAAACAAAGCCAGCUGUAUUGGUUUGUUUAGUGAAAUGGUAGACGUGUCUAACAUCGCAAGCCGGCAGCCCAAGGGUACUUGCAAAACCUUCGAGUGUAUACACUAAGCCCUAUUAAGUUUCCUCCAGCCGAUGGCAGUUGUGGUUUCGUUUGUGGCUUAAGAGUUGCAAGCAGCAGUUACUGACAGCGGGCAAUACAGCCGCAACUGUAGCAGUACGAAGCACGAAGCGUCAGUCAAUCGAACUGACGGACGAUUCGUUUUGUGAUAGAUGUGCGCAUGGAUGUGCGAGAUCACAUGAGUAACUCGUUCAAACUGGAAUCACUUACGAACGACACAUCUCGUCACAAGUGGACAAGGUUCGAAAGGGAGAACAGUCUUCAGUAAUACAGGGCAGCUUCAGGACAACAUUUUUACUCAUCAUUAACAAAGAGCUGCCUGUGUCUCAGAGUCAUCAAGUUGCAGCCUCUUAGAUUGAAAGCUACAAUAGAUGUAGCUCUCACCAGAGUUCAGUGGUCAUCCCGUGGGAGUGAAAUUGGAAGCUCCUGAUGAUGCAUGCCUGCUAGAAGAGGGCCAGAUCCAGCUACAGCACCGCAACAACUCUCCACCAGGAAGCAAUAGUUGUGAAACCUGAAGAGACGGAGAUCUGCGUGUUUGGGACAUCAAGUUCCAGCCCUUGGGAUUUUCAACCCUGAGAGAUGGAGCUCUCUCUCAAGUUCAGCGGUCAACUCCCGAAAGUAAAAUCGGAGCCUCAUGACGCUAGCGUACCAGAACAGGGCCAGCAACAGGAAUGCAGCGAGUCCGCAUCAAGAGACAGCAGUUACGGGGCAACUCGAGGGAUGGUACAAAUUAAAGAAGAACCUCUGGACGGCUGUUCAGAUGAAGAUAAUAUCGUAGUAGUGAAGACAGAGCCCUACAACACUGCAAUUUUGGUGGGACAGGAGCAGGUGGGAGACAGCCACGACUCAACGUCAAAAGGAGCGAAAGCAAGCAGUGGUGGGCUUCACACUAACGACGAGCUCAGAAGCACUUGCGAUCACGCAUCUUCAGGUUGCACCUCUUCCAGUGCACAGUUUGAGACCUGCACAACAACAAUUGAACCGCGGGUCGAAAACGAUGCACACGAUGCCACUACCGACUGUCAACCCACAGAGCAAUCUUCAGAGACCCACGUGGCGGGCAGGUCAUCGACGUUCGGACAUGCGAAAGACAGGCUUUAUAAGUGCAGUGUUGGUUUGGCUACGUGCAUUGACACUGGGCUCUUUGAAGAUGAUCUCAAACCUCACAAAAUAAAGACAUUUACCUCUGACAUGUGCUCCAUGGCAAUCAGUCAUGCAUCAACUCUGCAAGUGCAUGCAAAACAUUCCAUGGGAGUAAGCUUGCACAAAUCCAAGAUAUGUGCAUUUGCAUGCGCAGCGAGCGCAUACAAGUGCGAUCUCACCCCUGCAGACUCCAGCCACACUAUGUGCCUGCGGCAUCACAAGCAGACACACAUGGGCAAGAAGCGCUACAGGUGUGAUCUCUGUCCUGCACAGUUCAGCCAUUGCAUGAGCCUGUCCCAUCACAAGCGAAAGCACACAGGUGUGAAGCCAUUCAAAUGCAAUCUCUGCCCUGCAGAGUUCAGCAAGAAUGAGAAGCUGCGAGAUCACAAGAGAACACAUGCGAGUCAGGGGCUAUACAAGUGCGACCUCUGUCCUGCACAGUUUGGGCAUAGCGCAAUCCUGAAAUGUCACAAGCAAAGGCAUACGGGCGAGAAGCCCUAUAGGUGUGAUCUCUGUCCUGCAGGAUUCAGUGAUAGCUCUAGCCUCUAUGACCACAGCCGGACGCACAGAGAUGAGAAGCCCAAUAAGUGCGAUCUUUGUCCUGCAGAGUUUAAGAAGAGGGACACCCUGCAGCGUCACAGGAGAUCACACACGGGAGAGAGGCCAUACAAGUGUGAUGUCUGCAUUGCAGCGUUCAGCCGUAGCUCAAGCCUGUUGCGCCACAAGUGGACGCACAUGGGUGACAAGCCCCAUAAGUGCGACCUCUGUCCUGCAGAGUUCAGCGACAAGGCAGGCCUACAGUACCACAGACGAACACACACGGGAGAGAAGCCAUACAAGUGCAAUGUCUGCCCUGCGGAGUUCAGCCACAUUACGAGUCUGUCAUACCACAAUCGAAAACACACAGGCGAGAAGCCCUAUAAGUGUGACAUCUGUACUGCAGAGUUUAGCCGCAGCUCGAUCCUGUUGAGUCACAAGCGGACACACACAGGAGAGAAGCCCCAUAAGUGUGAUCUCUGUACUGCAGAGUUCAGCUGUAGCGGAAGCCUAUCACGCCACAAGCGGAUACACACGGGCGAGAAGCCCUACAAGUGCAAUCUCUGUCCUGCAGAGUUCAGCCAGGGCGCGAGGCUGUCGUAUCACAAGCGAAAACACAUGUGCGAGAGGUCCUAUAAGUGCGAUCUCUGUACUGCAGAGUUCACCAAGAGCUUUGACCUGUCGCGCCACAAGCAAGAACACACUGGUGAGAAGCCCUAUAAGUGUGAUCUCUGUAGUGCAGAGUUCAGACAGAGGUCUGGCCUGUCACGCCACAAGCGAAGACACACAGGUGAGAAGCCAUACAAGUGCAAGCUCUGCACGGCAGAAUUCAGCUGUAGCAAGAGCCUGUCACGCCACAAGUGGACACACACGGGCGAGAAGCCCUACAAGUGUGAUCUCUGUCCUGCAGAGUUCAUAGAGAGCUCGAAGCUGCGGUGUCACAAGCGAAAACACACUGGCGAGAAGCCCUACAAGUGUGAUCUCUGUCCUGCAGAGUUCACCCAAAGCACGAAAUUGCAGUGUCACAAGCAGGCACACAUGAGCAUGAUGCCGUGCUAGUGCAGAAUUUAGAUACAGUCCAGACCUGGGGCAAUGCAAGCAGACACGCAUGGUCGAAAGCCGUACAUUCUGUGUCCGCAUUCUGUGUCCUGUGAACUUGAACUAGAUCACAAACCUCCGGGGAUACCAUAGGUGGACUUAUAUGGGUGCGAAGAGGUACAACGUCCGUCCUGCAGAGUUCAGCCACAGCACGGACAUACACACACCAGCCAGAGAACCAGCAGAGCAUGGACGUAUGGCUUCAUAAGUAGGCAUGACACACUCGGGAUAGAAGCUGUACAACUGCAGACGACACGGCCACAUGAAAGAGAGAGGGCAUCCAAGUAUCUGCUCUGUUCUGUCCUUAAACCUUGCGACCUAAUGGAGCACAUGGCAAUGCACAGGGGAGAAAUAGGUGUGAUCUCUGUCCUGCAGAAUUCAGUGGUAGCUCUAGCCCUUGCGACCUUGUACAGAUUCUAUCUGUAUCUGUAUGCCAGAGCAUCUUAUUUCCUUUGGAUUCUUCUCCUGAUUCUUCUCCUUAGAUGUUUCUCUUGAGACUCGAACACAUGAACAAACUGAGCUUGAAGGGAGUUGAACUGUUGCUGCGUUGGGUGGAGAUGCAUGUGAAAUCUCAAAUACUGUACCCAGUGCCAAGGAACAAACAAACAAACGGGGAAAGGACAUCACACGGGUGUGAAAUACCAACCCAUCUUUAUAUUCAUGAGCAAAAUUCAUAUUCCCUUUUCAUUAUCCCUGUGACAUCUUUUUUUGUACUUAUUGUAUGCCUUCAGUUUGCUAAACCGUUGAAAUAAAAAAUAAUUCUGCAAGAUA